ACCCCGCCCCAAAUAAGACCCAAUCCACUUCAUUUAUCGUCAACCUUUACCCUAUCGUCACCAUCGUCCGGUCGUCCCACCCUGCAGAGUGUCCGUCGUCCCCGUUGCAGCCCUCGUUGCCGUCGCCACCCGCUUCUCCGUCGCCAUUUUCACAGAUGGAAUCUGAUGACUUCUUGAUCGAAUGGGUGGAUAUGCGCCGAAGGCUUGUAGCUCAUUACACUUGUCUCAUUGCAUGUUAUUGUGCACUCCUGAUGUCCAUAAUAUAAUUAUUUUCCCUCUCCUCCCCUCCUGAAAUAAACAAGGUAACAUUAAACAUCAAAACCCCUCCCCUCCCUUCCAUUAAAAUUUUUGCGUUGCCCCACCCCCCCCCCCAAAAAAAAAAAGAAAGAAAACGGGGGAAAAAAUCCAAACUUAGGGUAAAUCUCAGGUAGUGCUUCUUAGUUGCUAUCCUGCACUUCUUCAGUUCUUGGAUUCAUUAUUUUCGUUAUCACACUUAUUCCCAAUUUCAAUAUCCUUCUGGUACAUGAUGUCAAUGCUCAGAAGAAAAAAGAUCACCAAUCUCUUUUCAAGCUCUAUACUUUCCCAGUUAAUUUCCCAUGAAUUCGGUUUGAUUUCUCACUCAAUGCACUCUCCUACAUACCCUUCUUCUGAUUUCCUCAAAACCCUGAACCCUUUUAGGCUUUUGCUAUACCAUGCAUCGUAUUCAACGCAGGCAUCCAAAUUUCCUGAGUAUGAGAUGCCUUCUGUUACCUGGGGCGUGAUCCAGGGACGGAAAGAGAAACUUGUUUCGCGGGUAAUCAUAUUUGAUUAUUUGAAGGGUUUGGGAGUCAUUCCUGAUGAAUUGCAUGACUUGGAGAUUCCUUCCACUGUUGAGGUCAUGAGGGAGCGUGUUGAGUUUCUUCAGAAGUUGGGCUUAACCAUUGAUGACAUUAAUGAGUAUCCUUUGAUGCUGGGUUGCAGUGUGAGGAAGAAUAUUAUACCUGUAUUGGGGUACUUAGAAAAAAUUGGAAUUCCAAGGUCAAAGCUCGGUGAAUUCAUAAAAAUGUACCCACAAGUUUUACAUGCAAGCGUGAUUGUUGAGCUAGCUCCGGUUGUUAGGUUCCUAAGAGGACUUGAUGUGGAGAAACAGGACAUUGGAUAUGUGUUGCAAAAGUAUCCUGAGCUUCUGGGGUUCAAGCUUGAGGGUACAAUGAGUACUUCGGUGGCUUAUCUUGUUAGUAUUGGUGUCAAUCCUAGAGAUAUUGGUCCCAUGGUGACACAGUACCCAUAUUUUUUGGGAAUGAGAGUGGGGACCGUGAUUAAACCUCUGACUGAUUACUUGGUCUCUUUAGGGCUGCCCAAGAAAAUUAUUGCUAGAAUGUUGGAGAAGAGACCCUAUAUACUUGGCUACAAUCUUGAGGAGACUGUUAAACCUAAUGUGGAUUGUCUGAUUAGUUUUGGACUUAGGAAGGAAUCACUGCCUUUAGUUAUUGCUCAAUAUCCACCGAUUCUUGGGCUGCCUCUCAAGGCUAAAUUGUCUUCACAGCAGUACUUCCUCAGUUUGAAGCUUAAGAUUGAUCCUGAAGGAUUUGCACAAGUGAUAGAGAAAAUGCCGCAGGUGGUCAGCCUUAAUCAACAUGUGAUAAUGAAACCAGUUGAAUUCCUCCUUGCAAGGGCAAUACCGUCGCAUGAUGUGGCCAAUAUGGUGAUCAGAUGUCCUCAAUUAAUAGCAUCAAGAGUUGAGCUUAUGAAGAACAGUUUUUACUUCUUCAAGAGUGAGAUGGGGAGACCCAUAAAAGAGCUUGUGGAGUUCCCAGAAUACUUUACAUAUAGCCUGGAAUCCCGGAUCAAACCCAGAUACCAGAAGUUGAAAAGCAAGGGGAUAAGGUUUUCAUUAAAUUGGAUGCUAAAUUGUAGUGACCAGAGAUUUGAAGAGAGAUUACAAGGCAACUACAUUGAAACUGAAAGUACAGGACCAUCAUUCUGUAUGGGUGGGAAGUUAGCGCUACCAGGUAAUGACAAUGAGAUGGUGUCAGAUGAGGAAGAGGAGAGUGAUGAUGAAAAACUAUAUAGACGAACAGUUUCUCUUUAGUGAUUUUGAUUAAAUUAAUGAAGCAUCUACAGUAUUAUAACUGUCAUUCAAAAGACAACAAAUUUGUAUUAGUCUGUCCAAUGUUCCAUCAUCUGUUGUCUUCCGUAUAUCCUGCCAAUGAUUGGCAUGUGAAGUUCUGUCUAUUCAUUAUGUUCCACUGUAUUGGUGGUUGAUCAAGGUCUGAAUGGCUUAUAUGAAAAGAUAUACAUUUUAGCCA